AUGAAGUCUGCAUUGUUACUUUCUCUUCCUCUCGCGACGCUGUUCUCCUCGCGAAUCCAAGGCGCCCCAACGAGCAACCCCCCACUGCGAGGAUCGGAAGACCUACUGGGGUAUUCCUCGUCGAACACGCUCUCCGAUCAGACGACGGAAGCCAUCACGUACACGCCGGUGGAUGGUCAAAAUGACGACGCCGAUCUCGGCGUGUACCUCGAUUUUGAGGAUUCGGAUAGUCCGCAGCCGAUCCGGGGGAAUAAGGGCGCGACGGAUCCAGGAAACACCUACUACGAUCGCAUCAACAGUGACAAAUUGGCGCCCCCUGGCACGGAUGAAGGACAGACAAUCAAUGCGCAAUGGCCCAUGGGACUCAGUCACAACCGGCUCGGAAUGAAUGAAUCUGGAUGGGCGCGACAGGAGAAUACUGUGGUGAUGCCAGGAGCUACGAAAAUGGCCGGAGUGGAUAUGCGUCUGGAGGCAGGGGCGUAUCGUGAACUGCACUGGCAUGUUGCGGGCGAGUGGUCAUUGGUUUUGAACGGAUCAUGUCGGAUCGAGGCUGUGAACGAAAAUGGACAGACCUUUGUCGAUGACGUAACAGCCGGUGAUGUCUGGUUUUUCCCUCCUGGAAUCCCGCACUCGAUCCAGGCCCUGGACUCCGGGGUAGAGUUUCUACUGGUCUUCGAUGACGGUGCCUUUUCCGAGGACAACACAUUCCUCGCCACCGAAGUGUUUGCCCACCAGCCUAAAUCUGUUCUAGCCAAGAACUUUGACCUCCCCGUCGCCGCCUUCGACGAUAUCCCCGAGGACGAACUGUACAUCUUCCCCGGCACGCCCGCGCCAGCAAACAUCAGCGAGCAGAAUGUGACCGGCACCGCAGGCAUUGUCCCUCAGAGUCAAAGUUACUCCUACCAUUUCUCCGAGCAGCCCGCCCACGAGGUGGAAGGCGGAUCCGUCAAGAUCGUCGACCCGCUGACCUUCCCCGUCGCCGACAACUUCGCCGCUGCCGUGGUCACUGUGCAUCCUGGCGGUAUGCGCGAGAUUCACUGGCAUCCGACCAGCGACGAGUGGACGUUUUUCAUCCAGGGCCAGGGUCGCGCGACCUUGUUUACCGCGCCCAGCACCGCCACUACCUUUGACUUCCGCGCUGGAGACGUGGGGUAUUUCCCUCAGUCUAACAGCCAUUAUAUCGAGAACACCGGCGAUGAGGAUUUGGUCUUUGUUGAGGUGUUGCAGGCGGAUCAAUUUUCUGAUGUGUCGCUCGGCCAAUGGAUCGGAUCUACCCCCAAGCAGAUCGUGGCGGACACGUUGCGAUUGCCGCAGAGUGCUUUGGAUCGGCUGAAGACGGAGAAGAUGUUGCUUUGCAAUAAGACUUCAUAG